GUAACAGAUUGGUCGGCACGUUCAUUUGAUGACUUCUUUGGAAACACAAAUAUUUCUUCUAGUACUGUUCCUGUGAAGCCACUAGAAGGCAAAUCUGGAAGAAGCCGGCAGCAGCAGAAGAAAGACCUGUCUUCUGUACUGGAAAGUAGCAAACCCAAAGUUCUGCCCAGAAAAAGAGCAAAGUCAUCUUCAGUAGAUCUGCCGUGUAACAAGUCCAGACAAAACCGGAGCCAAUCUCGAGAUGAGUCAUGGGUAGAUAGAUACAAACCAGAAACUCAGAAUGACCUUGCUGUGCAAAAGAAGAAAAUUGAAGAAGUUGAAACAUGGUUAAAAGUGCACGUAUUUCAGAGGCAGCCAAAGCAGGGUGGCUCUGUUUUACUCCUGACUGGUCCUGCUGGUUGUGGAAAAACUGCAACUAUAGAAAUAGUAGCAAAAGAUCUUGGCAUUCAGGUGCAAGAAUGGACCAAUCCAAUCUCUUUAGGCUUUACAAAAGAAGACUUAAGAGAUAUAUUUGACCAUGACUCAAAUUUGCAUACGUUUCCGAGUCAGGCCCAAGCAGUUCUCUUUCAAGAUUUUCUAUUAAGAGCAAAUAAGUAUAAUAAACUUCAAAUGUUUGGGGAGACCUCAGAAAAUGAUAAAAAGCUUAUUCUUAUUGAAGACAUACCUAACCAAUUCUAUCGAGACCCUAGCAGUCUGCAUGAAAUUCUCAGGAGAUUUGUUCGUACAAGUAGAUGUCCCCUUAUAUUUAUAAUUUCGGAUAACUUCAGCGGAGACAGCAACCAGAGGUUACUAUUCCCAACAGAAAUUCUAGAGGAGUUGUGUAUAUCUAGUAUUAGUUUCAAGCCUGUUGCACCCACAAAUAUGAUGAAAGUCCUUAAUCGAAUAGCUGCAACAGAAGCUAGUACGAGCGGAGAAAAGAAUUGUGCUCUUGAUAGAACUUCUCUGGAGUUGCUUUGCAGAGGUUGUUCAGGUGAUAUAAGAAGUGCAAUAAACAGUCUUCAGUUUUCUUCUAUGAAAG